AUGUACUUCACGACUGCAACGGCCCUGACCGUCUCGAGCCUGUUGCUCGCGGCUGGCUCAGCCACCGCCGAAUCCUUCCAAGUGUUGGCUCCCCGCACGGCGAGUAUGACCCUCGUAGGUUGCUAUAGCAGCAAGGAGGGUCUCACCAAUCAAACCUCCUACACCUUCCAAAGUUCAGGAUGGUGCUUGGACCGCUGUGUUGGUUAUAAUGCCGCUGUCUUUGCAUUGACUGGCGGAUCGGAUUGUCUGUGUGGCGAGGAACUCCCUCCAUCGUCGGAUAAGGUAUCCUCGGGGAAAUGCAGCACAGCCUGUGACGGCUGGCCUCAAGAUAUGUGUGGUGGUGAUGGAUUUUAUUCAAUUUACACAACCGGCUUGGUGUCCAAGGUCUCGACGGUCUCAGACUCGUCCUCGACCUCGAGUGAUAAUUCGACCUCAACCACGACUGAUUCCACGGCCGCCUCUGUCUCGACUGGCGCCGGUGGUGAGACUAUUGUGGUGACCGCUGCCAGUGACAACAAAGCGGAGAACGAGUCUCAAAAGACCAAAUCUAGCCAUAACACAGCCGCCAUUGCCGCUGGUGUCGUGGUUGGCGUGGUUGGUGUGGCCGCUCUGGCAGGUGGUGCCUGGUUCUUCUAUCGCUCUAAGAAGCAAAAGGCCGAAUCUGGUUUCCGGGGUACGGCCGGUGGCUAUGGCCGCGACUCGCAGCCUCCAUCAAUGUCAGAUUCCCGAUUUGAUGGUGAUUAUAUGGCACAGCGCCGCCAGAGCAAUGGCAGUAUUGAUGAUGAUCACGACUUUUCCCGUCGCAUUCUUCAGGUUACCAACCCCGAUCGUCGUUAA